CCAUAUGCCACUAUAUAUUAUACAUUGAAACCCUCCCUAAUUUUUUCACUCUUCUCUUGCCAAGAACGCCAACUCCAGCUCUCAGCAGCAGCGCCGUGACGACUCCGGCAUUGAAGGCUUGUGUCUAGUUAGAUUCCAUGGUUCAAACUGGCGGUAUUUAUUAAUGUUACAAGGACAACGAGAUGUUUCAAUGGAUUUAAUGCUACAAGGGCAAGGAGAUGUUUCAAUGGAACUUGUGGCUUGACUCUCUCCACUGCCGUGGUCAAUAUUGUCCAUCGUCCAAGAAUUUUCAGUACCAUGAAUGAAGUCAAAAUAUGUGGUGCUUCUAGUCUUUGUACACCCAUUUCUGAUGGAGAAUCUCACAUUCCGCAAUCUGUAUUAGUAAGCACAGACCAGAGGUGUUCAUCUUCAAGUGUUCAAUACACCCCAGAAAUUGAGAAGAAGUAUGUUCAUCGUGUUUAUGAUGCAAUUGCCCCCCAUUUCAGUUCCACACGGUAUGCUAAGUGGCCAAAAGUUGCUACUUUUUUGAAUUCUUUGCCUUCAGGGUCUCUUGUCUUGGAUGCAGGGUGUGGAAAUGGAAAGUACUUGGGAUUGAAUUCUGGCUGUUUUUUUAUAGGAUGUGAUAUAAGUGCUCCUCUUAUCAAUAUUUGUGCAGAUAGAGGUCAUGAAGUUGUGGUCGCUGAUGCUGUAAAUCUUCCUUACCGAAGUGGUUACGGUGAUGCUGCAAUUUCUAUUGCUGUGUUACAUCACCUAAGCACAGGGAGUAGAAGGAAGAAAGCAAUAGAUGAAUUAGUACGGGUUGUUAAAAAGGGUGGUCUUGUUCUGAUUACUGUUUGGGCUGUGGAACAAGAGGAUAGGUCAUUGGUUGACAAAUGGACUCCACUGACUGAAAAAUAUUUUGAGGAGUGGAUAGGAUCAAGUAGCCCCCAUGCACGCAGCUCUCCAUCUAUCACCCUGGAAAGCAUCCCAGAAGCUGAGGAAAAUAGUUUGGGGGAACAUGUAAAAGGUUUCAAGGACUUAACCUCUCAAAGCCAAGAUCCUUUGGUCACUUCUGAAAAUGGACAAAAUCUUGAAAACCAACAAGAAUUUUUUGUCCCUUGGCAUUUACCUUAUCACCGUGCUGAAGUCAGUGGGGCUUCUGCUUGCGCCCUUGCAAAUGGCUUGGCAAAGAAAGAUGAUAAAAAGGGUGCAGUAGUGUACAACAGAUAUUACCACGUGUUUAGUGAAGGCGAGCUUGAAAGUUAUCUGCACCAAAUGAGAGGGAAGAUCCAACUUUGAGAGCUUACAAAUGCAAACCUACUUUGAACAAUUGAGAAUCUAUGGAGCAUGAUCCAGUCUUGUAACUAGUAUCCAUUGAUCUACAAUGAAUGAUAAUAUAUACCUAAGGAGAGAAAUAUACAUAUUUGUAUAUGUAUCUAUAUGUACAUUUGAGUAGUGCUACACAUUUUUUUAAACUUUUUUUUUUUUUUAAACUAAGAUUUUUAUUCAUAGGCACAAUGUAGUGGUACAUAUGGGAUUUACUCAGUUGUGUUUGCGGGGUAACAAAUUUGGAGGAAAGAAAAUCUAUAUGUACUAUGAACUAAAAAUUUUCUUUCUUUUAUUAUUGCACAUCUUUCAUUUUUUCCCCAAUUAAACAUAUAUGUACAAUUUAUUUUUAAAAAAGGGUGCUUGGUGCAUUUGUGCCUAGAGGGCAUGUAUAUGCCAAAUUCUUGAUUAUGUUACCAAUUAAAAUUUAUCAAGGCUCUGUUUGAUUAGAAAGAAAUAAAUGAUGGAAAGUGAAAAUAGUAGAAAGUGAAAUGAAAAAAAAGAAGAGAAAAGCAAAACAAAAUUUAUUGUAUGAAUUUGAUUAGGAUGAAAAUUUUACAAGAAAAUAGGAAUUAUAAUCAUAAGUAACUACUUUUAUAACAAAUUUAGGGGUAGUUUGGGGUGUUCUAAAUAAGUGCACUUUUUGUUUUUUUGAACUAAAAAGUUGAGGAAAAAAAUAUGGAUAUUUGGGUUAGUUUUUUGACUUUUUAUGAAAAAACGUGUAUUAAAAAAUUGUAUAAAUAAGUGUGUAGGAGAAGAUAGUGUAGUACACCGUACGGAUUGGCAGUCAGUCGGCUGGGUGAAUACAUGGGAAAAAAUUGCCUCCUUUUUGGGCUUUGAUUGGACGGUGUUGUUCGGCCCGUAGGGGCCCACCACGGGUCCCGUUUUUCUAAUCAAAACUGUUUAAUAUGUAAAACUUGUCGAGUACUAUAUGCUUGUAAAAAUUCACGUUGAUUGGAUAUCGAUAACUAUCUGAUC